AUGGCACAUGGUGCUAAGACGAACUUGUUACAUGGUGAUAUGUAUCUGGACUCAAUGUUAAACCCCAUCUUGACACCUGAAGCCAGUCUUGCUUUUGUGGUUGGAGACAUUGUUAAAAUUGCUGAGCUGUGCAUACAUUCUGAACACUCUUCGUACUACAGCUGUAGAGUAUGUAAGAUCAAAGAAGACCGGCAGCAGAAAAACCAAAGAGGCAUAUAUUUCAGCAACAUGACUACUAGUAGCAAUAGAAGAAGACAGAGCUUUAUUGAGGGUGAUGUUGAAUAUGAAAUUAAGAAACCCACUCCUUUCUGUCAAAAUAUUGGCAAGCACCUGUGGGCAAUAGUCACUGAUAAUGAACAAAAGAAAUCUGAUAUCUCAAACCCGUUAUUCCUAAGGAAGCCAUACAAAGUUACUUUGGGUAAAAAACUUCUGUUAGCACAAGCCCUUAGCAACCAUCAUAGCAAGGAUGGAAGCUUUUUAAAUAUGACAACCUCUGCUGGCUACAGUAGAGCCGUUGAUUAUAUUGACUUAUUGAUAUUUAUGGUUUCUACUCUGCUGGUUGAAGCUCUAGAACUUCAAACUGAAGGCCUGAAAAUAAAAUUAAAAAACAAAAAGAAAAGAAAAGGAAAAGGUAAAGCUGACAAAGCAACAAUUCUGAAUCAAAGCAAUGAAGUUGAUCCUGAGGAACAAAGCAUUGGAACUAGAAUUGAGACUGUUAUAAGUCGUAUGGAUAGAACGGCUGAGGUCCUUGCAUUACUUUCCUUGGUUUGCCAGCUAUCAGAGAAGCUAUAUAUAAGUACAGAAGAUGUCUCAGCCAUUGAACAUCAUGUAAAUAUAUGGCAUGCAUUUCUGCGAGAUCUUGUUGGAAGGAAAUGCUUCACUAUAAGCCAGCACUAUCUGGUACACCUCAGCAAAUAUAUAACAGAGAUGGGUCUGCUCAAAGAGUAUAGUGCUUGCGCAUUGGAAAAAACUAUAGGUCUAUGCAAAGAAAACAUAAAGUCGCAUUCAAAGCCAGGGAAAAACGCUGUAAACUUUAUGCAUAAUAAUUUUGCCAGUGCAAAACAAAAAUGGCACUAA